AUGAACCAUGGGACAUAUAAUUCGACAGUUUUUUCUACAAAGAAUUACAAAGAAUAUUUAGCUAUAUCCAUUGAACCUGAUAUUUCAUUAUCAAACGAUCAAGAAAUUCAUUUAGAUCGAUGUCUUGCCUAUCUAUAUAAUAUAUGUCAUAUACCCAUAGUUUUAAAUUGUACACUUUUAUCAAUAUCAUCAUUUUCAAAUGCAACAAAUGUCAAUCGUGAUUCAAUGCGUAUAAAUCAUUAUUUACGUGUUCGUCAACCACGUAAGUUCUAUUGGAUGCGCAAUAUAAAACAAAUAUACGUAACUAUACGUUUACCAACAAAUAAAAAUGAACAGAUAACAGCUAACCUUAUUGAGUUUCAUUCAUGUAGACGUUUAGCUUCUGCAGCUCGUACUAUAAUUCCACAAAUAAAACCAAUUAUAUUAAUUUAUUAUGUUGAAGAACGUUCAUUGAAAUUAAAUAUUCGUGGAGAUAAUUGUUUACUUCAAUUAGAAUUUUCUUCAGAGAUAAAUCAUAAUGAACAGUUACAAAAAGGUAUUUAUUACAAAUGGUCCGAUGAAGGACAUAUUCGUUCAACAACAAUUCAAUUUGAUAUUGAUUAUCAAUUAGAAAGAAAUCUUUUCCUUAUCUAA